CAGCAGACUGUCAGACUGAACGUGAGGGAAAGACUCUGACAGAAGAUCACAUAACUCUGUCGGAUCAGUUGAGUUUGAAACGCCUCGGAGGACUCAGAAAAAGGAAAGAUGACUCUUGCAGCAUACAGAGAGAAGAUGAAGGAGCUCCCUCUAGUGUCUCUCUUCUGCUCCUGCAUCCUACCAGAGCCUCGGGAAAAGCCCACCAAGAAAACACAAGAUGUUGUGGACCUCAACCUGGGCAUUAUUAAAGACAUGGAGGUGAUUGAGCUAAACAAGCGGUCAUCGGGCCAGGCCUUUGAGGUCAUCCUCAGACCUCCAUCUUUUGACGGUCAGAGGGAAUUCCAUCCCACUUUCCCACCUCGCAAUGACCCCUCGCUGGAGGAGAUCCAGAAGAAACUGGAUGCAGCUGAGGAGAGAAGAAAAGUGAGGAACAGUGAUGUGCCUUGA